AUGCUCAAAGCAGAGCCUUUCGAUUCGUUUGCAACAGUCACUUACUAUCUCCCUGUAGAAGAGGUUGAAAGCCUGUAUGCCUACAGCCCAGGUGGCUAUCAUCCGAUUGAUAUUGGCGACCAUCUCGCCGACCGAUAUCGCGUUGUACACAAGCCUGGCUACGGCAGCUUCUCAACCAUCUGGCUUGCCCGCGACGAAAUGGCAUCAAAAUAUGUCGCUGUCAAAGUUGGCAUAGCUCAUUCAGAUCAACGGGAAGCAGACAUUUUCAGAAGGCCGAAUGGAACCCAUCCCUGCUUCGUCACAGCCCUUGCGCGGUGUAGUCUUAGGGACGCACAAGAAGCUGCUGACUCCUACAUGUUUCAGCUCCCAGUUGCAAGGUCCAUUGCUGCUCAAAUGGUCAUGGCGGUAGCAUACAUUCACAGUCACGGCUUGGUUCAUGGCGACCUCCACCUAGGAAAUUUCCUUCUCCGCUUACCGUUCACUCUCUACGAUCUUUCAGAAAAGCAGAUAUGUGAGAAACUCGGUUCACCAGAAGCUAAGCCCGUUCUCCGACAAGACGAGAAACCUCUUUCACCCGGUGUACCCAAACACGUCUACUGGCCCAUGUGGACGGCAAAGGGCGGCGACAAGCUUACACUCUCUGAGUCAAAGAUACUCCUCGUCGACUUCGGCGCGGCAUUUUAUCCUAGCCGAAGACCAAGAUUCGAGUCUUCUACGCCUCUCGAUAUAUGCCCACCAGAGGCUCUAUUCGAGCCAAAAACGCCACUCUCUUUCUCGGCUGAUAUCUGGAGCCUCGCGCAUACCAUCUGGGCAGUAAUGAGCACAUCUUUUUGGAGUCGAUGGCCUUCCUUUGAGGUUAGAAUGCACUUAGAGAGAACUUAG